AACGCCGCAGAAAACAGCUGUUUUCGGCUUGUAAAAUGAGCAGCGCGCCAGCAAAUGUGAUUGAAAUUAAACCAAAAACCGAGUAUUUAAGUGCUGCAGAGCUUAUUGCGCAACGUCAUGCUGAAGCUGAAACCCCGCAUAACGGACUCAAACGAACCAGCAUCGAAGGCAGCGCAGCCGAACAAGAGGAACUGAAAAAUGCCUAUGCUAAUUUGCGUCGCCAAUUGUCCGCUAGGCGCAUCGAGCGACAAGCGGGACGCGCCAUAGCUGUUUGGCGCCACGAUCAACAGGCAGUCGAAGUGCUGCGCAAAGAUGGCAAAUUUGAGAGCUUUGGCUACAGCCAACAUGGCAAAUUCUAUUUGGAAUAUUACGAGGCUUUAUUUUUGCUGGAAUUAAACCGCCUUCAACUGGAGUACUGCGAUAUGAUUGUGUCCGUGGAGCAGGCCUACGUGCUGCUGCUUGGCGAGGCAGCUAGCGACAAGUACAACAAUUAUUUGGUAUACUCGGCAUUGUCUCGUGCUGGCUAUAUAGUUGUCAAGCAUCAAGCUGCCUGCCCAGCGGCACAGACAACUUCAACUAGCUCGGUUACAAGCGAGGACUGUAUUUGGGCUCUGUUGGAGGAGGCUUUGGGCAAUAAACCUGUGCCGGCUCACAUCAAAUCAUCCGUGUCUUUUAAUGCCACGCAGGCGCGCAUGGCGGAGCUGAAGCAGCAGAUAAUAAGCCAGACAACGGCUAUCACAGAUGAGAACGGCAUGGAGAGUGAUCUGCAAAGCAACUUUAUAUUUGAGACGCGCAAACGCAGAGCUCAGUCAGAGCCGCAAGAGGAGAUGGCCAGUAAAAGAGCACAUACAUCAAGCAAAAGCCUCGUUGAUAAUCUUAAAGCGGAGGCAAGCUAUGCAAAAUUUCAGCAAAUCUUCCAAAAAUUGGACAUAGUGCAGCUGCAAGGCGCCGACUACGACAGCGAUCAAGAUGCAAGAUUGCGCAGUUUUAAGAUCACCUUCGAUUUACAUAUGCACAACGAGGGUUUCAGACGCAGUGCGCCAAAGGGGCCCACUUUCAGCGUGGUUAUUCUACCCCCCGGUGAGCCAUUUCCCACACACAACGAGAUCCUCAAAUGUCAGCGCCAGCAGCAGCAGGCGGAGCACACCGCGCCGCUGCUCGUCAUAUCCGUUAGCGAAUCAAAACAAAUACAGGCGUUUAUUUAUUAUAUCAGCUGCUGAUUGCUCAGAUAGCUCAAUCAAUUGUGUAUAUAUAAUUGUUAGCUAAUUUAUAUGCGAGUCAAUAAAAUGCGCCACAAUUAAUAUACAACGAA